AACAAAUGCAAGACCCCGAACUAACGUUCGUUGACUUUUCUAGUGGAAAAACGAUCGACAAGCUUUACAUUAAUUGUGGGGAAGAAGUGUCACAAUAUUUAGAUAAUUUCGACAAUAUGAUUUUAACUGUAUAUCUCGCACUUCCCACUAGCGUAAAACAUAGGAUCAGUGUAAUAGGAACUUAUAGUCUAAGAUCUAAUGGGUUUCAACUAACAAUUGCUGUUUCGAAAUAUCUAUUUGAAAACACGAUUGUAACAGUUAAUUUGCAAGGCAUUGAGAUACCAAGGACUGUAGAAGGUUUCUCUAAAAUUAUAAAGGCGAUAAAAAUUAUCUUAUCGUGGAAAGCUAGAACUAGAAAAAUACAAAUACAUUUUAUGAGGUGUUAA